AUGUUUGACGAAUACAUCCAGAGUAAAUUUCUUCGCCGUUUAGCGAGGUUUAGUUGCUCCGUUGGCUUUUUGAUUGAGGGCUAUCAAGCUGGGGUUCUGGGAGGGGUUCAAGAGACCAAGCCAUUUUUGGACGCAAUUGGACAUCCCGGGGGUACGGAGACAAUACCCUUAAUUGCAUCUUCUAGUACGUUGGCAGCGGCAUUUGUGUCAUGUCUUGUCAUGAUAAUCGGUAUGCCGCUUGGUCGGCGUAAUUGUAUUAUCAUCGGUAAUAUCUUGAUCACGAUCGGGGGUGUCAUACAGGCAGCGUCCUAUUCAGUCCCACAAAUUAUCGUUGCCCGUGUGCUCUGCGGUGCCGGAAUUGCAUUCAUAACAUGCAACGUGCCCAUGUAUAUGUCUGAAAUGAGCAUAGAAGCUCGAGAGCGAGGUCCAGAAGUAGCAAUUAACUGCUCGGCCCUAUUACUAGGAGUGGCCUUGUCAUACUGGGUCAGCUUCGGCUUCACACGCAUGACAAACCAGAUUUCUUGGAGAUUCCCUAUUGCAAUGCAGUCUAUAUUCUCCAUAAUGUCCGGCAUCAGCAUGUUCUUCCUCCCAGACACCCCUAGGUGGUACUAUAUGCGUGAUCGCAUAGAGGAGGGCGAUAAAACUUUAUCACGACUAUACGGUGUAUACCGGAAAGGCAUGCCGAACUAUCAUGAUGUUCCAGAGAUUCAAGAUAUGAAAUCAACCAUCAUGGUCAGCCUCAGAGUCGAAGAAGAGUCAGAAAACAAGCUCACCUUCUUGAGUAUCAUAUGGGACAACACUCCUCUCCGAGUUGGCCGACGCAUCCGGAUCUCCUUCAUUAUCCUGGGGAUUCAGCAGUCGAUGGGAAUCAAUAUCAUGGUUUAUUAUAUGACUCGGAUCUUCUCAGAAGUUGGCCUUUCCAGUUUUAUGGCCUCUCUUAUUGCCGCGCUGGCGUUGACAGUGCAGUGGAUGGGCUCAUGGGUUUGUAUUCCUACAAUCGAGCGCAUCGGGCGGCGCAGAAUUAUGAUGUUGACGGGGUCGGUUCAGACAUUCUGCCUGCUGAUUUUCGUGGUGUUGAACAUGAUUGAGAACAAGACCGACGCUACGCGAUGGGCAGCUGCGAUGAUAUUAUUCCCCUAUUUGUUCUUCUAUGGCUGGGGAUGGGUCGGGUGCCCCUGGCUUUAUGGCCCCGAGAUUGCACCUUUGAGAUACCGCCACAUUGGCUCCGCAGCUGGACUCUUAGGCGUAUGGGUAUUUACAUUUAUCACGGUCUUCGCUGGCGGAAUUGCGUUGAAGACAGUGGGGGCCCGAAUCUGGAUUUGGCCAUUGAUUUUCAACGUCAUCGCGGUGAUUUUCGUUUACUUCAUGUGUCCAGAUCCCACUGGCAAGACACUUGAAGAAAUUGACCAGCUUUUUGCUAAAGAUGGCGCGCUGCUGGACCGUCUCAAUCAAUCAGAUACUGAGAAGGAAUGUGUACAUGAGGUGGAGAACAGCGCAUGA